AUGGCUCCUCUCAUCUUAACAUGCUGUUUCCUCCUCCUCAUGGCGACCUCUCUCGCCCUCCCCUCCCUCCCUCUGCUGGUCCUUCAGCUUGCGCCCGAUGGCAGUGCAUUCAACUUCCCCAGUUGGCUGAACUGUCUUGAGCGCACGCUGUCUGGCACCCUCGUGAGUGGCUUUAACCUCUGGUUUGUCACUCAGCAGAGUGGUUCUGGCGCCAUUCCCACCUCUCCCUCUGGACCCACCUCUUCCUCCUCUGACCCCUAUGCUGAUGGCCUCCGUGCUGCCAUUGCUGACACUGAGCGGCUUGUGACCACGGUGCAAGCCACCGCCACGGCUGCUCCUGACAAUGCUGCUGCCCGUGACUUAGCUCGUAUUCUUGCUGAGUCCCUCGAGAGCACCCGCAAGCGCCUCACUGAGCACCUCGCUGCCCCUUCUCCUCGCUCUGCGUCUACGCCCAUUUCCUCUGCUCCAUCUCACUCUAACCUUCUCGCUGACUGGCAAGUUGCCAACGCACGUGCCUGUCAGGUCAUCCUUGCCUCCCUCCCUCCAACUCUUCUCCCUCAGUGCUCGCACAUCCGCUAUGCCAAGGACCUUCUCGGCUAUCUUACCGAGCGCUUCCAGUCGCAGACUCCUAUCAGUGUCAUUGCCCUCUUACGCGAGCUCACCUCUCUUCGCCUUGCUGAUUUCACCACCAUGGCGGACUACAUCGCUCGUGUGCAGACGUUGUCCUCCCAACUUGCCUCUCAAAAGUUUGAACUUUCCGAUCAUGUGUGCGGUGCCCUCCUCCUCACAGGCCUCACUCCUGAAUACAGUGUUCAUGUCACUCUGUAUGGUGAGCGCCCUGCCGACCAGUGGUCGUUCUCUCGUGUCUCUGCCUUCCUCCUCCAGGCAGAGCUCAACCUCCGCAGCUGCCCUCCUACUGCUGCCGCUGUCACACCCUCUUCCGCCCCCCCCCCCCUCUCCCCACCUCCACUGCCGCCGCUGCUUCCUCUCGCCCUCGCAACACCUUUCCUCCCAACUGGCUUCAACUCUCUCGCCAGCGUCGCCAGUCUUCUGCCCAGGCGGUACUUGUGGCUGCUGACUCUGGUACCAAUGCUCAAACCUCUGCUCUCAGUGUGA